AUGGAGUCAAAGGUGCGUUCACUGGCACAAGUGUGCGACCUUGCUUUGGCCGGGUUCAGCAGCACAUUGUAUGGUUACAAGGGCCGUGUGGAAUACGCCACUUUCCAACCUCCUCCCGACAUUCUCAGGCAAAUUCCUGAAGUGAGAUUCGACGAUUCGAGCGAGCGUUGGCGUUCUGUUCCUGCUACAGCCAAGCUAGACCGUACAGCUUUGAGGAAACGACAUCACGUGGUUCCAGAUCCGGAUUGGGAUCCUCCUAUAAAGAAGCCAAAGUUCUAUUAUCCUCCAAGCAAAGGUGUCAAACUACGUGAUGUAGAUGAACUCAUCCGAGAAAGUCGGGAAACCAAGGGCAUGUCUCCAAAGGAAUAUGACGAGUACAGAAGAAAGAAGCAAUUGGAUACGGAUAAGUCUUCCCAUUCAACACCAACAGCCGUUGUUCCUCAAAAGCAACAAUCACAACAAUCACAACAACAGCAACAGCAACAACAACAACAACAACAACAACAGCAACGAUCGAAUGCAUCCAAUGCGAAUCCUGUACAAGAUAUCCUUAAUGAGAUCACAGCUGCCAGUAAACCUCGUAAUGAUGGUGGUAGUGGCAACAAGAGCAAGGAACGUAAUGCUUCAGGAUUGGGAGUUCGAAAGAAUCAAAAGGAUGAGCAUUUAUUCAAGAAGCCUUCAGCAACGACAAUUCAACGCAAGGGUUCGAAUUCCUCUAGCUCAUCUGGAUCUACGCCGGCAACUGCUUCCCGAGGAACCACAUCGGCCAAAUCAGUUGGAAAGCGUCCGACACCAGCUCCGAUGCAAAAACGUCCGUGUGUUGAUUUACUUAUGAUCCGUGAUCAUUUACUGGAUAUCAACUCGGAGGAUCGGGUGGAGACUCGCAAAAUUGCAAACUUGCUGAAAAGGAACGUAUCCACCACUGGUCACAUGUCCAUUCUUGUCAAAAAGAAGCCAAAACUUGUACUUCAUAUCCCUAAGCCUGAGAAGGAUCGCAACAAUCAACCUGAAAAGGUAACCAUGAUUGGCAAAUACAAGGUGAAGCACAAAUCCGGAUCAAACGCUGCUGCAACUCCAGAGACAAAGCCCGUUGUUAAGAAAGAACGCAAUGUCAAGCAACAACAACAACAACAACAAUCACAACCAAAGACUAUCGACAUUCCACGUGAAUCAAAAGAACAGCAAAAGUCAUCAUCAUCAACAUCAGAGAACAAGAAGCAAAAAGAUGUCAAGCGUGAACCACCAGCAUCCCCAUCAGCGUCUUCUGGCAAUGACAAAUUUACGUUACCAACAGGAACAGUAACAGCAGAGUUCCUAAAGACGAUUCGCAUUCCAAAAAGAAAACCAACAGAGUCAUCCACAUCAACCCCAGCAGUGACAACCACAACAUCAACAUCAUCAUCAACCAUUGUGGAUCGUGAAUUGGAGGAAGGAGAGACCAUUAGUCCAUCACCUUCACCUGUACAUCGAGGACAGCAACAGCAGCAGCAGCCAUCAUCAUUAUCAUCAUCACCACCACCACCACAACAACAACAGCCCCCACAACCACCAUUACCAUCAUCAUCUACAACGACAACAUCACGCGAACGUAGCCGAUCACCAUCACCAUCACGAACAACACGACGAGACCGUAGUGCACGUCAUGAUGAUGAAAAGCGAAGCACACGACAUCGGGAAGAGAGUGAUCGAAGGCGAGGAACAUCAUCUGAUCAACGUCGAGACCAUUCCGUUGAUGAUCGCAGGCGACAUCGACGUGAUAGUCGUCAAUCAUCAUCGGACGAUCUUCGUCAUCAAAGGCAUAGAUCAAGGUCACCAUCCACACGUAAACAUCGCCAUGAUCGAUCAUCACGCUCAAGAUCAGAUAGCAGACGCCGUUCACGUUCUCCUCGUCGUCGAUCAUCCAAUUUAUCCAGCACCAAUUCAUCAUGUCGCUCCAAAUCACCACCUUCUCGUUCACAUCAGCAACCUUCUUCUUCAGCGGAUACUCCUGCAGCCAAUACAUUAGCAUCACAGCCUUCGUCUGAACCAUCACCUCCAAAACCCAAUUACAAGAAUGCAACAUCAGCAGAUGCUGAAUCAGAAGAUCAAUGCAAACUCUUUGCUGUCAUGUUUCGAAAAUUGGCUACAGCAUACAAGCAUCGUGGUGAUCCUCGACAAUCGGAGAUCUCUGGAUUACUUGAUCACAUUCAGGCGAUACUCAACUAUGUAUUGAGCUUUUAUUAUCAAGAUCUCAAGACGAAUGAAUACUCUGGACUACGGCAUUGGGAGUCUCUAUUUCCAUUUUCAAGUCAAGUGCUUCGAAAUCUAAAGGAUCGUAAGGAGCUCGAUUUGUAUGCAUUAUGCUGUCGAAUGAUGGGGAUGGUGCGAUACUACACAUUUGUACGCCGUGAAGCUUCAGCAUCCAAAAAGUUGGACAAUGUGAUCAAGAAGGAAGUGGAACCCAAUGUUACCCAUGAUGCGACCAAAGCAAGUAAACAGGCGUUUGCUGAAUUUGAAGAAGCUUACAAUCGCUUUAAAGAAGCGGAUCGACAUCUCAGUUAUGAACAAUUCCGAACCAACUACCCCAAUACAUUCAACAAUGCAUGUCUCAAAGGUGAAUAUGGCCCAGGCAUCGUGAUUGGAGGAGAAGCGGGUACCAGCAUCGAGCCACGAUAUCCUUUUAUACCUUUUGCAAAAUUACAUCAUGCUGCCAUUGUAUGCAAAUGCAUGUUGGCCGAGUAUGUGGAGAAGAAUGCAAUCAAGUACACUCCAAUUCAAGACUUUGAAGAGUACAUGUAA